GACGCACCUAUAAAGUUCAUGUCACUCCUUGUCUGCAAACAACAACGCACCUCCCUAUGCUGACUGCCUCCAUCAGUACAGAGAAGACUGAACCAGAAAACAAGAAUACGUCUCAUCAGAGCACAAGGCAAAGGAAAAUUCAAUCAAAACCCAAUUUUCAGAGUAAUGGAUCCCAGCCAGUCUUUCGAUCAGCCUCCAGGAGCCUGGGAUUCAUCUGAGAAAUCAGCAAUGUUGCAUCCUCCAGCACCACCACCAGCAGACCAGGACAGUGCUGGAUAUCCUCCCUCCUCAGGGCCGUAUUCAGGACAAACUGUGGUCGCUGUACAGCCUGCAGUUUUUGAGAUCGCUGCUCCACUGGCCAGUCCAUUGCGAGAUUACUUGGGUUACUCCAUCUUUACCAUGCUGUGCUGCUGUUUUCCUCUGGGCAUUGCUGCGCUGAUUUUCUCCUGCUCUACUCGAAACGCCAACCUCUUAGGACAGCGAGAAUUAGCAGAGAAGAACUCCAAAACAACACUCAUCCUGAAUCAUGCCGCCCUUGGUGUUGGCCUCGUUUUCAUUGUACUGUUGAUUAUUGUCAAUGUUUUAACUUUACUUUAUAAAAGCUGAUAGAGCUGUCAUGGUUGGAUGCAGAUUACAAACAGAUUUGAUUCUCUGCAUUGUAAAUGUUAUUCGCUCAAUGUAUCAAUAAAGCCUACGACAUGUGCUUUAAGGCUGA